AUGGAAGUCACUGGAAUGCGGGGUGGUGUUUUGGGCUUUAAUUAUUGUGUUCCUGUGAGAAAAAUUGGAAGAAGAUUUGGAAGAGCUUUGGCUAAAAGGAAGGAUUUUGAAGAAAAUGGGAAGUCCCAACAGGGACCCUUUUCCCCUCUGAGGAUUUCCAGGUCAAUUCUCGCUCGCGGUGCCAUUGGGGUGUUUGGAUUAGGGUUCGUGGAUGCUGGGUACAGCGGUGACUGGUCCAGAAUCGGAGUGAUAACACAGCAGAGUGAGGAAUUGCUUAAGGAUAUGGCUAGAAGUGAAAUUGUGCUUGAGAAGAUCUUUCAACGCCAAUCCUCUAACUCUCCCUCAUUUGCUGCUUUUCCGAUUAACUGCAAUGGAAAGUGA